CUUCCCGUGCUGCGCGUCGAUCGAUGAUUGACAAGCCUGCUAAAUGUCAUGAAGUGACGCAAAAUUGUCUUCAGCGGCUGAAUAAUUUUCCAAAAGUCACAAUUUCUUUUAAGUCACAACGUUGAUGUGUUUUGAAGACGUUGCGCUCCCCUCACAACUCAACACUUGGUAAGUCCGCUACGGUCGGCCACUGCGGAAGCGGAAUCGCCAUCAACCCGAGAAAACAAUCCCACUUCCCCUCGUGUUGGCGGCAGAAUGCUUCCCAGCAGAAAACAGAGCACCAGGGAUGGAAGAAGAAAGGGUGCCGAGGCAAAUGAGGGAGGGGUUGGGGUGGAUGGGGGGGCUGGAGGAAGAGGAGGGGAGAACCAAAGAAGAGAAGGGUGGGCUUUAGGGUGGCCGCUGGCAGGGUGGGUGUGAUGCCCCCCUCCCUGCUUUCUUUUUCUUCUUAUACCCCCCGCAAAGUAGACGAAGUCGGUCCCGAGACUGCGAAAGCUCAACGAGAAGAAAGGUGGUCACCAAAACAGGGAGGACAAGUUCAAAGCCUCCAAAAACAAAAACAAAAACAACAAAAAAAAGCUCCCAAGACGACGAUAGGCGUGCCCUCAGUCCCCGUGAGCCGCAAUGGGCGACUGGAGCCUCUUGGGGAAUGUCCUGGAGGAGGUCCAUGAUCACUCCACCUCGGUGGGCAAGGUGUGGCUCACCGUGCUCUUCAUCUUCCGCAUCCUGGUGCUGGGCACGGCGGCCGAGUCGUCGUGGGGCGACGAGCAGAGCGACUUCCUGUGCGACACGCAGCAGCCCGGCUGCACCAACGUGUGCUACGACCGGGCCUUCCCCAUCGCCCACAUCCGCUACUGGGUGCUGCAGAUCGUCUUCGUGUCCACGCCGUCGCUCAUCUACAUGGGCCACGCCGUGCACGCCGUGCGGAGAGAGGAGAAGCGCCGGCGGCAGGAGCAGGAGGAGGCCGGGUCGGAGGCGGGCGAGGCCGAGAUGGAGGGCGAGAAGGAGUACCUGCAGCGGAGGGAGAGCGGGAAGGAGGCCGGGGCCGACGGGAAGAACCGUCUGCGCCUCAAGGGUCCGCUCCUCCACACGUACGUCCUGAGCAUCCUCAUCCGCACCGCAAUGGAAGUCAUCUUCAUCGCCGUGCAGUACAUGAUCUACGGGGUGUUCCUCAAGGCGCUGUACCUGUGCACGGCGUCGCCCUGCCCCAACCCGGUCAACUGCUACAUGUCGCGGCCCACCGAGAAGAACAUCUUCAUCGUGUUCAUGCUGGGGGUGGCCGCGGUGUCCCUGGCGUUGUCCGUGCUCGAGCUCUACUACCUGGGCUGGAAGAGCCUGAGGGAGUGCGUCCGGCGGAAGGCCGCGCGGCGGACGCUGCCCGCCGUCGCGCCCAAGCCGCUGGAGUCCGACGGCCCGGUCGCCCCGCGCAGCCCGCCCCCCGACUUCAGCCGCUGCGUCGACCCCCUCGCCUCCAUGGCGUCCGUCCCCUUCAGCGACAGGAUGGCCCUGCAGCAGAACUCGGCCAACAUGGCGGCCGAGCGCCACCACGGCGGGGACAACCUGGAGGACGACGAGGACUUCCUGCGGCGGUACCAGCCGGCGCCGCAGCCCAGCAACUGCCGCAACAUGUCGGCGCCGCCGUCGGGCUACGCCGAGAACAAGCGCCGUCUGAGCAAGACGAGCGGAAGCAGCGGGCGAGGGAGGCAAGACGACCUGACCAUUUAAAACGGGACCUUUGACCUUCAGGAACCGCUUUGGACUCGCAGGGAAACAGAAGGGACGCCUGACAACGGCACUUUUUUCUUUUGAAAGCGGGCGCCGGGGACUGCCGUAAAAAAGAAAAAAAAAAAAAAGCCCAGCUCCCGCCUUCCCGCGUGUGCCGUCGCCAUGUUCUUUCCCAAGUUUGAAAGGAUUUUCUGCGGGUACUUCAAGCUUCCUCCCACACAUUCCAAAAACAGUUCCCAGGUGUCCUCGUGACAUCUGUGACUCGCUUUCGUCAAAUUAGCUAAAGGAACAAGAAUUUAUCUAUUCCUGGUCCCGCCCAUAUCCAAGUGGACCAAUGGCGAGUCCGCUUUUCGUUGCCGGGAUGACGAGGGCAGAUUUUGAACGUCACGGAGCAAAGGCCAAAGUCAUGUCUAAAAUAAUUUCUGCUUCCUGUUGAUAUACUUUAUGCGGCGUAUCAACAUUUUAGCAAACAAAAGGCAUCUCACUAUCGCACUGACAACGUAAACGCGCACGCAACGAUGUGCCGCACAUCCGAAGCUAGCGCUGUCGGCUAAAGCUAAUCUGCACGUCCAGCAAAACCCGAUACAGCUCUGCUUACCUUUUGGAUUUCACGUGCUAGCAGGAGUGCUGCGCUGAUUGCAUCAGAGGUGAAAAAACUGUGUGUGUGUGUGUGUGGGGGUGGGGGGGAGUAGUUGUGUAAAUUAACUGCUGUAUUUGUAUAAUGUACAAACAGGUGAAGUCUAUUUUCAAUAAUGUCACGCUUUAAAGACCCUGUAAAGUGAUGUUUUGUUUUGAAGAUGAUUAUUGUAGCGCUGUACUGUCGAAACAUCGUGUUAAACUAUUUUUCCUGGUUUUUGGGUGUGGCUAAAACGGCGCCGCGUGUCCAGGAUGACUUGCCCCGCCUCAAAAUAUGAAAACUUGAGCACUUUCAUUUUGCAUCAGCAAGUUCGCUAACAUCCCAAAAACGGCAGAGGAAGAGAAAGAAAGAUUGUUCUAGACAAAUUGGCAUAAUUAAUUUCCCCGAGUGGUUUCAGCACAUUCAGUGGACACGCUGUGUGUGUUUCAGAACGGGGGGGGGGGGGGCGCAAGAGCUUGAUUUUUCACAAUUUUGCAGCCUCGAUUUUACUUUCACUUUACAGGGACAUUCAAUGUUUUUACAAUAUUUUUUUUUAUUAGCUGUGAAGUUACCGAAAAGGUAAUGUGCCUUAUUGAGUCAGGUGAUGUAUGACUUCAAAGCCAUUUUAUUGGAUACAAUUUUUCUGUGAACAGAGUCCAUUGAGAGUCCCGAUGUGAUGCUGUCAUGAUUUUAUACGGCCACUAGGUGGCGACUGCACGGUAUGUUUUUCUCUGUCUUUCCGUUUAUGCAGUUUUAUCCACAAAUUUCAUCCAUUUUUUUUAUGUAGAAUAUGUGCACGGAGUAUUCGUUUGUCUUUUCAAAGAAACGUUUCCACGUAACUUUAGGUUUAAGGGUGUAACGACAGCAAAAAUACAUCCGUUCUAUCAGUAUACACAUCGUUUAUGUAUUUCCUGCAGUUUUUCCUCAA